AUGUCUUGGGUGAAAGCUGCGUCGUUCAACGGUGAAGACGUGUUCGACGAGAAUGCGGACGAUCUUUAUUUACAGAGUAAAGAGUGGGCAUCCAACAUGAAGAAACGGAUCAAGGACGGUUAUGUGGACGGAGUGAAUGCCGGAGAGGAGGCCUCGCUUCAGAUGGGGUUUAACAUGGGAUUCAGAGAAGGAGCAGCUCAGACCGUGGCUGUGGGUCGACUCAAAGGGAUUGUGAGCGCUGUAUGGUGCUGGUGCCAGAUCCAGCAUCCAGAAAAGCCCGCCCCGUCUCAUCUGAUCGACCUCCUGCAGCAAGUGACGCAGCACGAAGAGGGAAUCAUCGACGGCAUCAGGAAAACUCUGGAGAAUCCUCCUCCGAGCGUGAGCGACGUCUCUGAGAGCAUGGAGGACCUGGAGGUGAAACCUGCAGGUUGCGAAGAGACGGACUGCUGCAGGAGCGAACAGAAAAUGGACCUGGACGGUUCUCAUAAUCAGCAGAAUCUCCGCUGUGAGUCCAGCUGCGCCGCCUCGGGGUCAGCUGAAGGUCUGGACCUCCUCGUGCAGCGCUGCAUGGAUCUAGCUUCAGAGCUGGAGCUGCCGCAGGAACUGAUCAACCGCAUAGAGGAGCUGAGGAACAUGUAAAAAUACCUGAACCGCUGCGAUCUGACCGGGAUUUAGAGACUUUUAUACACAAAACUGGAAUAAGUUUCAUGUAAAUACUGUGUAUUUACAGGUUUUCUAAGUUAUUUUGGAAACAUUUUUAUAUAAAAAAGCAAUGUUUACCACA